CCUGAAUUCUGCAUGCUGACUCAAAUCUUUUUCUCACUGAUGCAUUUGGUGCUUUGAAUGACCUUCAAUAUCUAACCUGUUUCGAGCUUCUUCCAUUCACAAAUGUCUGCGUGUUUAAGCGGAGCUAGUGGAAGAACUUAUGGGUUCGAUUUCGAUUUUGUCAAAUCUCCGUCUACAUCGACCCGAACUACAUCUUCUUCUCCUUCUUCAACUAUCUCGGAAUCGAGCGAUUCUCCGCUUGCUAUCUCCACUCGAAAAUCUCGAACCCCUCGAAAGCGACCCAACCAAACUUACAAUGAAGCUGCCGCAAUGCUUUCGACAGCAUACCCAAAUCUCUUCCCCUCCGAAAGCCUAAAAAAACCAGGCAAGUUCACCAAAACAAUCGAUAACUUUGCGGAUGAAUCUUCAGAAUUGUUCUUCCCUUUCCAAAUAUUUGAUACCUCCUCUUUCCUACUUCAGCACCAACCAAUCCAACAGAAGCCUGUUAAAUUUCCAGUAGAGCCCAAAGCGGUUAAUCUGACAGAAAAAUCGUGCCAAAGUCCUGGGGAGAUUAGCUCCGGAGUAAAUACUCAAGAAUUCGACGAUGAUUGCCGAGAAGAUUUCGAUGCUGAAUCGAUUCUCGAUGAGGAAAUCGGGGAGGGAAUCGAUAGCAUCAUGGGCAGCAGGGCCGAAGAUUCCCAUGGCGCGUCUUGUCACGACGAACACGUGAAUCACCGGACUGCGGAUUCGACGGGAUUUAAUUUUGGCGGGAAAUUCGAUUUCCGGCUAAGAGCUCUCCGCGGGGUCGAUGAAGGGAAUUAUUGGUGGAGCUUUCCCGCUGUUGUCAACAUGCUCGAAAUCUCACCAGAAAUCAAAAAGCCUACUCCGGCAGCAUCAACUUCGCCGGAGAAGAAGAAAAAGAAGAAGACGAGGAAGGUGGAAAAGCUGACGACCAUCGAGUCAAAGAUUCCGGAGUUGCCGAAGGAGAGUUCGAUUCCGAAGGAGAAAUCAAAUCCUGGCUUGCUGUUGAAAUUGAAUUACAACGAGGUUCUUAAUGCUUGGUCUGACCGGAGUUCACCGUUCACCGGCGAAAGUCCCGCCUCUGAUGUGCACGGAAAUGAUGUCGCGGCACGGCUGGCACAAAUAGAUUUGUUGUGGGAGAGUGGCGAAGGAGGCGUGAUGAGAGAAGCCAGCGUGUUGCGCUACAAAGAAAAGCGACGGACCCGGCUCUUCUCUAAGAAGAUUAGAUAUCAAGUGAGGAAAGUCAACGCUGAUCAACGGCCCAGAACGCAGGGACGAUUUGCGAGGAGGCCCAAUUGUUGCUCUAACGCACAAAGCUCAAAGUGCAAAGGCAGUAAAGCAGGCCUUGCGUCCGAUCACUGUCGACCAUAAAAGAAAAAAGGCC